AUGGCCAAGCUCUUUAUUGGAGGCCUUGCCUGGCAUACCGACGACCAGACUUUGCGCUCAAAGUUUGAAGAGUUCGGCCCAGUCGAAGAAGCUGUUGUCGUCAAGGACCGCGAUACUGGUCGCAGCCGAGGCUUUGGCUUUGUUCGCUAUGCGCAAGAGACUGAGGCCGAUGCUGCCAUGCAAGCCAUGAACAACGAGGAGUUCGACGGACGUAGGAUCCGUGUCGACAAGGCCUCAGACCGCCCUGGUGGUGGCGGCGGUGGUGCCCCCCGAGGUGGAGGCUAUGGAGGCGGAGGCGGAGGCGGAUACCGUGGAGGAUACGGUGGAGGACAAGGGUACAGUGGCGGCGGCGGCGGCGGCGGCGGCAACUGGGGCCCUUCACAAGGCGGCGGAGGCUACCAAUCUCGCGGUGGCUACGGUGGUGGUGGCCAGGGAGGCUAUGGCGGACAAGAAGGCGGCCAAGGCCAGCAGCAAUGGUAG